UGUUUACAGCAGCGUAUCAGCCACUGCACGUUAACUUUGGUGGUUUGGCCGGAGAAAUUGUCACGCUUUUGUUACGGCAUGGUAGCUUUUUAUUAAUCACAUACUUAAAAUACAGGCCCACUGCAAUUAGCAUGUUUGCUCGCAGAACUAAAAGUUCCAGAGGCGCGUUACGAUGACAGGCUGGUUAACGUAGCGACGAGGUUACACAGCGCGGCAGCUAACAACAUUAGCUCGAUCGGUGACCGACUCUGCGAAGCAGAAAGGCGAGUGGCCAUGGGUGCGGAGAGCAGCGCGCUGCGGAGCUGUACCCUGGAGGAGCCGCUCUUAACUCUGCCCUCUGGACUCACCAUGCACUCGGCUGUGCUCCAAGAUGGAAAGCCCGCUUCAGUGUUUGUUCACAAGCGAGGCAAUGAAGACAAAGUCAGCAAAGCUGCGAAGCACCUAAAGACACUGAGGCAUCCGUGUCUGCUGCGCUUCCUUUCCUGCUCAGUGCAGGACGGUGGGAUCCACCUGGUAACAGAGCAUGUGCAGCCCCUGGAGCUGUUGCUGGAAAGUCUGCCCCCUGAGGAAAUCUGUGCAGGCAUCUAUGACCUCCUACAGGCGCUUGUUUUUCUCCACGAAAGGGGUAAAUCAAGUCACAACAAUGUCUGUAUUUCAUCUGUAUUCGUCAGCGAAGAUGGUCAUUGGAAACUGGGAGGAAUGGAGACUGUUUGCAAGUUCUCUGAAGCAACUCCUGAGUUUCUCACAAGCAUUAAAAAUGCAAGAGAGGUGAGCUGCGUUCCCCCUGAAGAGCAGGUGGAGGGCUUUAAAAUCCUUCCGGAUAAACAUGCUCACUCCCGAGACUGUUACUCUUUUGGAAUGAUGGUGGAGGCCCUUCUUCCCCUGCUCAGUGGCUAUGUGUCACAGGAGCUGUCCGACAGUCUAAGAAAGACACUGCAGACUGGCCUGUUGCACUCUGAUCCCCUGUCUCGACCACCACUUAGCUCCUUGCUGAGUCAUGACUUCUUCAGGAAUGAUUUUCUGGAAGUGAUGAACUUUUUGAAAAGCUUGACCUUGAAGACAGAAGAAGAAAAGAAUGAAUUCUUUAAAUUUCUUCUAGACAGAGUCCAGAACCUCCCUGAAGAGCUGAUUGCUGUUCGCCUCGUCCCAAAACUCCUCAACUCUCUCGUUUUUGCAGAGCCCAUGGCUGUGAAAAGCUUCCUGCCUCAUCUGUUAAGGCCAAAGAAGGAUCCCAGCAGUGGCGAUAGCGGUGAAGAUUGCCUACUGUCUCUCUCCCUGUACCGUAAACAUGUGAUACCUCAGCUUCUUAAGUUGUACAAAGUUAAUGAGGAACACAUCCGGAUCGUGCUGCUCGCUCACAUCCACAUCUAUGCUGAAUUCUUCUCCCACGACGAGCUUAAAAACCAGAUCUUACCUCAGGUCUUGUUAGGAAUGAGAGACAGUAAUGACUCUCUAGUUGCAAUGACGCUGCAGAGUCUGGCGGUGCUGGUGCCGUUGUUGGGGGCUCAUGUGGUCGUUGGUGGGGAGAGAACUAAAGUCUUUAAACGCACCACGCCCAACUUCAACAAGUCGGCAGAAGUCACCCCUGAAACUUCACCUGUUCAUAUCGUUGGAGCCUCCCACCCUCAGAUGGCUCAGCCCUCCAAAGUGCUGAAUUUGUUUCCCAGACCGGCAGGAACUGAAGGCUUAGUCCUCGGUCACAUGGGUAACUUGUCUGGCGCUCGAGAGAAACCAAGGGUCAUCACACCGAUAUCGGAUGUGAGCACACAGAUGUCUCUACCUCUGAAUGGCUUUCAUCCAGAUCGUGGCAUGGCGCUGUCGUACAGCCCAGAGCGGACCGACAGGCUCAGAGGUGCCACAGAAGACUGGCCUGACUGGAGUGACCCGGAGGAAAGCGACGGUCGAGCUCCACAGUCGGUUCAGAUUCACAUUCAGGCUGCGAAGCAAGAAGAUCCCACCAGCACCAGGCUGCCCCUCUCAGAUCAAAACACUGAAGACGAGCCAUGGGAUGACUUUGAGGACACCGAAGCUACGUCAGAUCUGUCUCCUACAGCUCCUUUUUCAGACCCAGUCGUACUUACACCGCCCACGGGGGCCAUUGUUGUAGCGCCUGCAAAAGUUCCUCCUGAAGUGAUCAAACUGGGCUCGUCUAAACCUCUUAAACUGACCUCGUCACUGCAGCCGUCGACACAGAAAACCAACACUUCCUCGUGGGACAGUGGCUGGGCUCAAGAGGAAAUGGACUCUAGGAAAUCACUCAGCCCCACAAAUCUGAAACCCACAGUUGUGCAAAAGGCGGGUGGCACAGGAGGUCUGGGGGACGAGUUCACCAUCAAGGUCAAGAAAAAGGUAGCACAAGACCCAGAGCUGGACCUGUUUGCAGACAUGGUGCCGGACAUCAAGCUGUCCUCUCCUGCUCUGCUGCCACUGGAAGACGGCAGCGUGGGUGAGACCGGGCAGCUUCCAGCCUCCUCGGACGCCGCAAAGUUUCUGCAGGUCGACUCCAGUGUCGACCAUUUAACUCUUACCACCAAGUUCGCCGUCUCAAGCCUGGCCGAGGCUGAAACUGACGGCUGGGGAGACGGAGAUGACCUGAACUGGGAUGAUGAGAACGCCUGGUGAAAGACUCGACCACUAGAUAAAAAAAAAAGAAAAAAAAAAACUAUGCGCCACAUCUGGAAUGCCAUUUAACAGAAGAGUAAACUGGAAGUUGCUCUUCA